GCGUGCGCGGCGGCUGCGGGCCGUGCGGGCCCGAGCGGCCAUCCCGGGCGGGCAUCGCAUCCCGGGCGUCCCAUCCCGGGCAUCCCGUCCCGUCCCGUCCCGUCCCGGGCGGGCCGGCGCUGCCGGGCGCUGCUCCCGGCGCGGGCCGGGGAUGGCGGCGCCCGCUGCCCGCGCGGCCCCGCGGCUGCCCCGCCGCGGCCUCUGAGCAGCCCCGCCCGGGAGAGGCGUCCCCCGCGUCCCGCCGCGCCGGGCCGGGCCGGGCCGGGCCAGCAUGGCCAGCCCCGCCCAGGGCGAGCGGCCGAGCGAGCCACCGCUGAUCGAUCUCAGUGUGGAUGAUGACGAGGAGCUUGUGAGAAGAACUCUGAAAGUCAAAAAGAGUCGAUUUGAUCAAUCCUUGGUUUAUUUGACUCGGAAAUUCAUGGAUCUUGUCAGAACAGCCCCAGAUGGUGUCCUAGAUUUAAAUGAGGUGGCAAAAAGACUUGGAGUUCGAAAGCGAAGAGUCUAUGACAUCACCAACGUGUUGGAUGGAAUCCACCUCAUUCAGAAGAGAUCCAAGAAUGUUAUCCAGUGGAUAGGUUCUGAUCUUGACAAUGUUGUUGGAAAAACACCAGAGCAGCAAAUCCUUAAAGAGGAACUUUCUGACUUGUCAGCCAUGGAAGAAGCUCUGGAUGAAUUAAUCAAGAAAUGUGCUGAGCAGUUGUAUGAACUGACAGAUGACAAAGAAAAUGCAAAACUAGCUUAUGUGACAUACCAGGAUAUCCGUAGCAUCCAGGCAUUCCAGGAACAGAUUGUGAUUGCAAUCAAAGCUCCAGAGGAAACCAGACUGGAAAUCCCCAUUCCCAAAGAAGACUGCAUAGAAGUGCACGUGAAGAGCACGAAGGGACCCAUUGAUGUGUAUCUGUGUGAGGUGGAACAGGAGAAGCCAGGGGACAAAGCCCAUGAAGAUGUGGACAGUGUGACCUUGGAAGCGGAGCCCUCGGUCCCUCCUGCAGAAGGGAGAUCUCCGGGGGAAGAGAAGCAGCAAACCACCUGAUGGCAGAUGAAUUUCAGCUCAGGAGUCAGAUACAGAAUGUAAAUAUCUGUGCUAUAGAGUUUUUCCAAAGCCACUUGGAUCUGCGAACUUGCUAACAUGAAAUGUUCCCAAGUGUAGUUUUACACUUGAAACAGCAGUGGGUUGGUUGACUGCUUUCAAAGAUUUCUUAUCUUCCCAAGGCAGAAGAUGACAGUUCCUAGAGCUGCUGUUAGGAGCUUUGUGUUCAUAAUUGCAUGUGAACUACGGAGCUUUGGGAUAAUGGUAUUUUUAGCUUAUGAAAUAAUUUUAAUUGAUGGAAAACACAGUCAAUUAAUUACUUCUGAAAAUGAAGGUUUGAUAAUAUCUUCAUUUAGUCCAUAUCUGGAGCUAAACUGAAGCUGUUUGCUCUCUCACCUGAUGACCCCUUCCCAGAUGAGGAGGAGAAUCGGGAAGAGUGAAGCCCUGUGGAUUGAAAUAGAAGCGGAUUUAAUGGAAUAACAAAAUAAUAUGAACACCAACAGAGAGCACAUAAGGUUCUACUCAGCCUAGUCCUUGGGAGCAGCAGGCCAAGAGGGAGGAGCCCAGGGAGCAGAGCUCCCCAUGCUCAGCACAGCUCCCCUUCUGUGAUGAGCAGGGUGAGUGGGGUGGGACACCCCUCUUAGCCAGCCUGGGGUUCUGUCCCAGUGAAACCAGGAUGGAAAACUAUUUCUGGAACCAUCCACAGCCCUUUUGAGAAUGUAUAUAAUAAAGAAAUGCACUUUGUAGUUCUGAGGCUGGGCUACCACUAAGCAGCGUUGUCAGAUACAAAUGCAACAAAGAACUGGUGUAUCAGAAGCUCUCACUUUGAGGAGCAAGAUGUGAGUAUGGUGAGAGUUGUGCCUUGCUGUGGAGAUGCUGUUUGCACUGUCUGCAUCCAGCUCUGCAUGAGCUAAGGUGUCAACAGUGACAUCAAUAAUUGAGCUAUUUGUAAAUAUGUGUAUCAUGCCUGUGUAGUUACUGAUGCAGAUUCAUUGAGGUGGUUUGCAUUUCUGCCUUUGUACAGCAAAGAAAUAAAAGAAGCUUAUCAAACAAA